AUGGCUAUUAUACCCUCCAUCGUCAAUUUCAUCCUGUCCGUCGGCCCUGCACUCACCGGGGAGGGAAAGGAUCAUUCAGGGCUAGGACCGACGUAUUAUCCUCCGCUAGAUUACAAGCCUCAGCCGACAGGUAUCCCGUUUACGUUGAAGAACGAUAGCGCUGUGCCGGCGCAGCAAUCCAGCAAUGUCCCUGUCGUCAGCUCGAGCGUAUCCAGCAGCACCGGCGGAUCAUGCGACGGGGCUGCCCCGAUACCUGGCUACUGGUACGCGAACAUCGAGCAUAAUGGGGAAUCGUCGUUUUUGGAAUCAGGCUCAAAGAAGAACUACACGGUAUUUCGGAACGUGGUGACGGACUUCAAAGCCGACAACACGGGAGAGACCGAUGCGUCGGGGGCAAUCCAGAAUGCAAUCCAGGCUGGACCGGACAACGGACCUGAUCGAGGAUCUCACUUCAUGGGGACCACCGGUCAACCCGCUAUUAUCUACUUGCCGCCCGGGACGUACUUGAUGAGGAGUUCGGUGCAGUUCUAUGUCGGCACGGUGAUCGUGGGAGAUCCGACGAAUCCCCCGACGCUCAAGGCGGCGUCUGAGUUCUCAGACGAUCAUCUGGUAUACGGAAAGGACCCCAGCUACGGCGGUACUAUCAACUUCCAGAUCGGGAUCAAGAAUAUUGUUCUCGAUUCCACGGCUAUCCCGGCAUCGCAGAAUUUCAACCUCCUCGACUGGACGGUUAGUCAGGCGACACAACUGGCGAAUGUUGGGUUCAAGAUGCCGACAGGCGACUCGAACCACGUCGGUCUGACCACGCAAUAUGACUACAAUAGUAAUCUUAUCAUGAAUGAUUUGUGGUUCGAAGGCGGUUCCAUCGGGAUGAAACUGAGUGGCCAGCAAUGGGUUUUCAAGAGCCUGAAGUUUACCGGAACAAAAAUUGGUGUCAUUGCAGGUGGAACUGAUAUUGUGUUCUUGAACUGCCACUUUGAGAAGGGGGAUAUCGGCAUUGACGCAGGCGGCACUUCUGGAUCGCUGACAGUCAUUGAUUCCACGGGAGCCGACUUGAACUCAUUGAUCGUAUCAGGGGACUCGGGCAACGCAGGGAACGCCAUAGUUCUGGAAAAUAUCCAAAAUACCGGAACUACAGUAACUCUUGCAGGGGCAGUCAAGCUCUCCGGCCCUGUGACAGACACUUGGGUGCACGGAACGGUGUAUGACCCCGGGAAUGCCAACAAGAGGAGAGCUGAUGGGGACUCGGUCACCACUCCUCGUUCUCAAAGCCUGACCCCCGGAGGCAAGUACUUCACCAUGCCACCUCCGACGUAUUCGGAAUACGGUGCCCACCAAGUCGUGAACAUCAAAUCCGUUCCAGGGAUCCCGGUAUAUGGCGACGGUUCGACGGACGACAGCGCGAAUAUCAACCGAAUCCUGAGCCAGAUGCGUGGUUGCGAAUUGGUUUACUUUCCGGCGGGCACGUACAUCGUGGCCGACACUAUCUUCGUUCCGGGCGGCACCCGUAUCAUUGGAGAUGCGUUUGCCAGUGUGAUCAGUGCAACCGGCCAUUUGUUCCAGGAUGAAGCCUCGCCUCGUGUUAUGGUUCGUUUCGGGUACCCCGGUGAUAUGGGCGUUGCACAAGUCAGCGACAUGAUGUUUACCGUGGCGGAUAUUCUGCCCGGCUGCAAAGUGGUUGAAGUGAACAUUGCCGGAAAUCAGCCCGGAGAUGUCGGGUUCUGGAACACGCAUUUCCGCAUUGGAGGCGCGGUUGGCAGCAAAGUGCAAACCGGCUGUGCAGCUUCUCCGGGCGAAUGCAAGGCUGCAUGGGGCCUGCUUCAUCUCGGCACCACCUCAUCGGCCUAUAUCGAGAACAUGUGGGGAUGGACGGCGGACCACGACCUGGACGGAAGCCAUAAGCAGAACAUCGGCACGGGUCGGGGAAUGUUGGUCGAAGCCACCAGCGCCACCUGGUUGAUCGGCACCGGGUUCGAGCAUCACACGCUCUACCAGUACAACUUCGAACAGGCGCGCAAUGUCUUCUCCGCCCUGCAGCAGAGUGAAUCGCCGUACUGGCAAGGCCCGGGGAAUCUCUACGCGCCUGCACCGUGGGCCGACCACCGCAUAGCCAGCGAUCCGGACUUCUCGCACUGUGCGCCCGAUGAUGCCAAAUGCCGCAUGGCUCUGUUCGAGAGGAUCAAGGGCUCCUCGGACCUCUUUCUGUACGGUGGUGGCAACUGGGUCUUCUUCAAUGCUAACGGGGAUUGCAAUGGCGACUGCCAGAAGAACAACAUUCAAAUUCUGGACUCGACCAAGGUGUACCUGUAUGGCACUAACUCGAAGAGUAUCACGAACAUGGUGCUGGAGGGGAGCCAGGCGAUCGCGACGCAGAGCGAUAAUGCCGGUGGCUGGGGAGGGGUGAUUGCGGCGUAUCUGUACAAUUCGUGAGGGUGGAGUAUAUAGAUGCUUUUUUUGUAAUAAGUGUCGAUUUCUGUCGACACUGACCAUGUAAAAUCGAUAGAUCGAGAUCCUAAUGACACUAAUUCCCUUGUGGAUGAGAUGGAGUACGGAGUAGAAGGGAGAGACUAGUCGAGAUGUUCCUG